AUUUUGAAAACCCCAAAUUUACACUUUACAUUUCCCUUCUCUCUUCUCUCUCUGUAUAUACAUAUAUGUGUAUCUACGCCUCCAUCGACUCUUCCACCGCCGUCACUCGCGACUGCGCCGCCUAGGGUUUUACAGAGCUGGAUUCUCUCCCCUAUCUCUCUGCGCCGCUCCUUCACCGGCUUCGUCGACUAAUCGGAGCCCGCUUCUUAACCUAAAUCCCGCCCUCCACAUCUUCACUACUCCCCUUCACUGAAGAUUGCCUAAAAUCAUUACGUUUCCCCACCAAUCGGUUUAAUUGGGGUUCCUGUUAUGAGUUUCCCUCCGAAAUCAGUUCGACUAGGGCAGGGCUGACGAAUAAUUUGGAAAUUAGGGCACUUUAUUUUAUGGCAUUGGGGGAUUUGAUGGCGGCAUCGCGGUUUUCACAGUCUACCACGGCGGUUUCGAAUCACUUGGAGGAGUUCGCUGAGAAUGGGAAUCAUGUCGAGGAGGAUGGCGAAAGGAAUGGAUAUAGUAGCAGUAGCAUUGUCGAUACUAAUGAUGCCAAUGCCCGUGAUUUAGCGGAGACCGCGAGCAGCAGCUAUGUGGAAAUGACCACCACGACGAGCAUGGCUUACUUGCCGCAGACUAUAGUGUUGUGCGAGCUUCGGCACGAAGGAUUUGAGGACUGCGUGCCUGCAGGGCCGUCGGAUAGCGGUUUAGUCUCUAAAUGGCGGCCCCGGGAUCGAAUGAAGACAGGAUGUGUUGCCUUAGUUUUGUGUUUAAAUAUCAGCGUUGAUCCACCUGAUGUUAUAAAGAUAUCUCCUUGUGCACGGAUGGAAUGUUGGAUUGAUCCAUUUUCAAUGGCACCACACAAAGCUCUUGAAUCAAUUGGAAGAACCUUGAAUCAACAAUAUGAAAGGUGGCAACCCAAGGCUCGUUACAAGUAUUCAUUGGACCCCACUGUUGAUGAAGUAAAGAAACUGUGCACAACAUGCCGCAAAUAUGCAAAAUCUGAAAGAGUUCUGUUCCACUACAAUGGACAUGGAGUGCCUAAGCCAACUCCGAAUGGUGAAAUUUGGCUGUUUAAUAAGAGUUAUACACAGUACAUCCCUUUGCCAAUAAGUGAUUUGGAUUCCUGGCUGAAGACACCUUCUAUAUAUGUGUUUGACUGCUCUGCUGCUGGGCUCAUUAUCAGUGCCUUCAUUCAGCUCCAAGAUUAUUCUAGUUCUUCUUCCGGAGCUCCGACGAGGGAUUGCAUUUUACUUGCUGCCUGUGAAGCUCAUGAGACACUUCCACAAAGUGCUGAGUUUCCUGCUGAUGUAUUUACUUCUUGCCUCACGACGCCUAUUAAAAUGGCUUUAAGAUGGUUUUGCACUCGGUCGCUGCUACACGAGUCCUUUGAUUAUUCUCUGAUAGAUAGAAUUCCUGGACGCCAAACAGACAGGAAAACCCUUCUUGGGGAAUUGAACUGGAUAUUCACAGCUGUAACUGACACUAUCGCCUGGAAUGUACUUCCACAUGACUUGUUCCAGCGGUUGUUCAGGCAAGAUCUUUUGGUUGCCAGCUUGUUUAGAAACUUUUUGCUGGCUGAAAGGAUAAUGCGAUCUGCAAAUUGUUCACCAAUUUCAUAUCCAAUGUUGCCACCUACUCAUCAGCAUCAUAUGUGGGAUGCAUGGGACAUGGCUGCUGAAAUCUGUCUUUCUCAGCUUCCAAGUUUAGUCGAGGACCCAAAUGUAGAGUUCCAGCCGAGCCCAUUUUUCACUGAGCAGCUAACGGCUUUUGAAGUGUGGCUUGAUCAUGGAUCAGAACAUAAAAAGCCUCCGGAGCAGUUACCCAUUGUUCUUCAGGUCUUACUCAGUCAAUGCCAUAGAUUUCGGGCUCUGGUGCUCCUUGGUAGAUUUCUGGAUAUGGGACCUUGGGCCGUGGAACUGGCCUUAUCUGUUGGAAUAUUUCCUUAUGUCCUGAAGCUCUUACAAACUACCACUCCAGAGCUGCGACAAAUUCUUGUGUUCAUCUGGACAAAGAUCCUAGCGCUGGAUAAGUCUUGUCAGGUCGAUCUUGUGAAGGAUGGAGGGCAUGCAUACUUCAUUAGGUUUCUUGAUAGUGUUGAAGCCUAUCCUGAGCAACGUGCGAUGGCUGCAUUUGUGUUGGCCGUCAUUGUAGAUGGUCAUAGACGGGGUCAGGAGACCUGCAUUGAAGCUGGUCUUAUACAUGUUUGCCUCAAGCACCUCCAAUGCUCAUCUCCUAACGAGGCACAAACUGAACCUUUGUUCCUUCAGUGGAUAUGCUUGUGCCUUGGGAAACUAUGGGAGGACUUUUCAGAGGCUCAACUGUUAGGCCUGCAGGCUGAUGCGUCUGCUACUCUUGCUCCUCUACUUUCCGAGCCCCAACCAGAGGUCCGUGCGGCAGCUGUUUUUGCUCUAGGCACUGCCCUAGAUAUAGGAUUUGACACGUCAAGAGAUGGUCAUGGAGAUGAAGAUUGUGAUGAUGAUGAUAAAGUUAAGGCUGAAGCCAGUAUUAUAAAAAACCUUUUGAAUGUUGUUUCUGAUGGAAGCCCAUUGGUGCGAGCUGAAGUUGCUGUGGCUCUUUCACGUUUUGCCUUUGGCCACAACAAACACCUGAAGUCAGUUGCUGCUGCAUAUUGGAAACCCCAGUCUGGUUCUGUACUCACUUCCUUGCCAUCUUUCGCAGUCAAGGGUUCUAGUAGUGGCUAUACCACUCCCACUCACUACAUGCCUCAUGGAAGUAUAGUUCCAUCUCCAAUCGCGCCAUUAUUACGAGUUGGAAAUGACAGCCAGCCUGCUAUUCGCGAUGGGAGAGUAUCCACAAGUAGCCCUCUUGCUACCUCUGGGAUAAUGCAUGGGUCUCCCCUUUCCGAUGAUUCAUCCCUGCAUUCUGAUUCUGGAGCACCAAAUGACUCUGGCAGCAAUGGGGUUCUUCAUCAUUCAAGGAGAAAACCACUUGAUAAUGCACUGUAUUCACAAUGUGUAUUAGCUAUGUGCAAUCUGGCGAAGGAUCCAUCUCCACGUGUUGCAUCCCUUGGAAGGCGUGUAUUAUCUGUUAUUGGUAUUGAACAAGUUGUUGCUAAAUCUGUCAAGCCUGCUGGUGCAAGUGCUCGUCUAGGUGAAUCAGCAGCAAGCUCCAGCCUGGCUGGACUAGCUCGUUCGUCAUCUUGGUUUGAAUUGAAUGGAGGAGCUCAUUUGCCGCUGACUUUUAGAACUCCUCCUGUUAGUCCUCCUAGACCAAGCUACUUGACUAAAAUGCGGAGAGUUUGCUCCUUGGAAUUUAGACCACAUCUGAUCAAUUCUCCAGAUUCAGGGCUGGCAGAUCCACUUUUAGCAUCAGCGGGACCAUCUGGUGCUUCAGAACGUAGUUUACUUCCUCAAUCAAUGAUCUAUAAUUGGAGCUGCGGUCACUUUUCAAAGCCGCUUCUUACUGCAACGGAUGAUAGUGAAGAUCUGAUUGCUAGAAGAGAAGAAAGUGAGAAAUUGGCACUCGAUCAUAUAGUAAAAUGCAAACACUCAUCUGUGAGUAAACUGCAUAAUCAAAUUGCCAGUUGGGAUACCAAGUUCGAGACAGGCACCAAAACUGCUUUGCUGCAACCAUUCUCACCUGUUGUGAUUGCUUCAGAUGAAAAUGAAAGGAUUAGGGUAUGGAAUUAUGAGGAAGCAACCCUGCUCAACAGUUUCAGUAACCAUGAUUACCCGGACAAAGGAGUUUCCAAGUUGUGUCUUGUAAAUGAAUUUGACGAGAACAUGCUUCUAGUUGCAUCAAAUGAUGGGAAUAUACGGAUUUGGAAAGAUUACUCAUCAAAAGGACAACAAAAGUUAGUUACUGCUUUCGCUUCGAUUCAGGGUCACAAACCUGGUGCCCAUGGUGUGAACGCUGUUGUGGAUUGGCAACAGCAGUCAGGAUAUCUUUUUUCUUCUGGUGAUAUUUCAUCUAUCAUGGCUUGGGAUCUGGACAAAGAGCAGCUUGUCAAUACCAUUUCCUUGCCACAAGAGUCGAGCAUCUCAGCACUGGCUGUUUCUCAAGUUCAUGGAGGUCAAUUUGCUGCUGGUUUUGUGGAUGGUUACGUCAGAUUAUAUGAUAUUCGUACUCCCGAGAUGCUUGUUACUGAAACCCGGCCUCACACUCAACGAGUUGAAAGAGUUGUUGGUAUUGGCUUCCAACCUGGUCUUGAACCAGCAAAGAUUGUGAGUGCAUCACAAGCAGGAAACAUCCAGUUCCUAGAUAUGAGAAGUGCUAAAAACACGUACCUUACAAUCGAUGCCCAUAGGGGGUCACUUACAGCUUUAGCCGUCCACAGGCACGCCCCUCUCAUUGCAAGUGGCUCGGCCAAGCAACUCAUCAAGGUCUUCAAUCUGGAGGGCGAUCCAUUAGGCACUAUUCGGUACUAUCCCACUUUCAUGGCCCAAAAGAUAGGAUCGGUUAGCUGCCUGACCUUCCAUCCCUAUCAAGUAUUACUUGCUGCUGGUGCUGCUGAUUCUUGUGUUUCCAUAUAUGCUGAAGAGAUUUCCCCUCCAAGAUGAGUUCAUUCAAUCUCCUGGCAACAACUACAUUACAUGCCGGCAUUUGACUCUGAUCAAUCAGAGAAACAUCAGUCUCUUUGUAUGAAAGUGCAUCGCUCGGCUCGCUGUUGAUGGUGUAUAAUAUACAUAUAUUAAUUGAGCCUCCACUCAUUUGGAUCAACUCUUGGAAAAGGAAGAAAGGAUUGACUGAUUCUAUGGAGGCUUUGGCAAAUAAUCUUUGUUUUUAGGUCAAGAAAGGUGUAAAUAUGUCCAUUGUUUUUUUUUUAUUACUUUUAUCUUCAUUUGCCCUUCUGUAUUUCUUUAGUGUGCCUUUUCUUUUCUUAUCAUUUCGACCCCCUUCCAUUUACUCUUCUUUUCAUCAGUACUCAUUAACAAACUGCAGCAACUUUGUUCAAUUUGUAUAGUUGAAAUGGUUCCUGACUAAUUAUAGAGUAAUUGUUGAUCUGA